UGUCCUAGCCAAUUAAAAUAUAGAAUUUAAAAAAAUGGCUGCUGGGGGCAGUGGAUUUGUAGUGCUGGCACCAAGCCCCAUGAGUAACCCUGGUGGCAGAAACAAGAAAGAAAGAAAGAAAAGAAAAGAAAGAGAUUGAAAAUUCCUUUUUGUCUCUGCUGCCACUAUGGCACCUGUGAAAAAGCUUGUGGCAAAGAGGAGAAAAAAAAGAAAAGAAAAAAGCAUCCAGGUUCAAACCUCCUGCUCCCCACCUACAGAAGGAAAGAUCAUGGAUGCUGCCAAUUUUGAGCAGUUUCUUCAGGAGAGAAUCAAAGAAAAUGGCAAAGCUGGGAAUCUGAGUGGUGGAACUGUAACCACUGAACAGAGCAAGAGCAAGAUCACCGUAACUUCUGAAGUGCCAUUUUCCAAAUGGUAUUUGAAAUAUCUCACCAAAAAAUGUCUGAAGGAGAAGAAUCUAUGUGAUUGGUUACAACGAGAGUUCUGA